CGCCAUAUUGGCGAGGACGGGCAUCCGCGGCUGUGGAAGCUAGUCUCCGCCGCCGGCGGAGCCGCACUCCCUCCUCACCCGGCCCCUUCGGGCCUCUGUUGCGCCGACCUCCCCCCCGCCUUGAACGGCUCACGGGCCUCGCGGGAGCCCGCUGCCGCCGCCUCUCUCUCUCUCUCUCGGGAGGCGGCCGCCUUAGCCCCCGGUGCUCGGGUAGGCGCUGGGAGCGAGGAGCGAGCCGCAGCAUAAGCAAUCAGGCCAGAGCGGGGACAGUCGGCGACUAGGGGAAGGUGAAGCCGCCGCUGCAGGAGGAGGAGCAGAAGGAGGUGACGCAGGAGAAACGCACCGCCCGGAGCUCGUUUGAGCUCAGGGAGAGCCCCAGCCCGAGGGUAGAAGGGGGAAGAGGGCCGCCGCCGGCCGAAGAGGAGGCGGCGGCAGCGGUCAUUGCUGCUGCAGGGCGGGCGCAGCGAGGAGCGAAUUCCGGCGCCCGUGGGCAGCCCCCUCGUUUUCACUCCCGUAGCCCCGAGCCCGGCUGCCGUAUUCUCCCGACACAUUUUGUUGCCCGUCCCCCUCGGGCCUGGGAUGCACCCAGGGUAGGCCUUGUCCCGGGACCGAGCCUCGCCGCCUCCUGCCGCCUCCGCGUGUCCUGGUUCUGAGAAGACGCUUGUAUCGUGCGGUUAUGCAAUGGUCUCUGCAAGAUGGUUUAUUCUUGAAUUGGAGCUUUUUAAGACUGAUAAAUGCUGGUACUUCAUCUUCUAUAAGUGGACUAUAAUUUCUUUUCUCAAGAUAACUACAUAAACAGACAAAAUUGCAAAGAUCUGCCCUGUGUCGAGUAUGACAGCCACGACUCGUGGCUCUCCAGUCGGAGGGAACGACAACCAGGGCCAGGCUCCUGAUGGACAGUCUCAGCCCCCCGUCCAACAGAAUCAGACUUCAUCGCCUGAUUCUUCCAAUGAAAAUUCUCCAGCAACUCCCCCAGAUGAACAAGGUCAAGGUGAUGCCCCACCACAGCUGGAAGAAGAGGAACCUGCAUUUCCACAUACUGACCUGGCAAAGUUGGAUGACAUGAUCAACAGGCCUCGAUGGGUGGUUCCGGUUUUGCCGAAAGGGGAAUUAGAAGUGCUUUUAGAAGCUGCUAUUGAUCUUAGUAAAAAAGGCCUUGAUGUUAAAAGUGAAGCAUGUCAGCGAUUUUUUCGAGAUGGGCUAACAAUAUCAUUCACUAAAAUCCUUACAGAUGAAGCAGUGAGUGGCUGGAAGUUUGAAAUUCAUAGAUGUAUUAUUAACAAUACUCAUCGCCUGGUGGAGCUAUGUGUGGCCAAGUUGUCCCAAGACUGGUUUCCACUUCUAGAACUUCUUGCCAUGGCCUUAAAUCCUCAUUGCAAAUUCCAUAUCUACAAUGGUACACGUCCAUGUGAAUCAGUUUCCUCAAGUGUUCAGUUGCCUGAAGAUGAACUCUUUGCUCGUUCGCCAGACCCUCGAUCACCAAAAGGUUGGCUAGUGGAUCUACUCAACAAAUUUGGCACUUUAAAUGGGUUCCAGAUUUUGCAUGAUCGUUUUAUUAGUGGAUCAGCAUUAAAUGUUCAAAUAAUUGCAGCCCUUAUUAAACCAUUUGGACAAUGCUAUGAGUUCCUCACUCUUCAUACAGUGAAAAAGUACUUUCUUCCGAUAAUAGAAAUGGUUCCACAGUUUUUAGAAAACUUAACUGAUGAAGAGCUGAAAAAAGAAGCAAAGAAUGAAGCAAAAAAUGAUGCCCUUUCAAUGAUUAUUAAGUCUUUGAAGAAUUUAGCUUCAAGGGUUCCAGGACAAGAAGAAACUGUAAAAAACUUGGAAAUAUUUAGGUUAAAAAUGAUACUUAGAUUAUUGCAAAUUUCUUCUUUCAAUGGAAAGAUGAAUGCACUGAAUGAAGUUAAUAAAGUGAUAUCUAGUGUAUCAUACUAUACCCAUCGGCAUGGUAAUCCUGAGGAGGAAGAGUGGCUCACAGCUGAACGAAUGGCAGAAUGGAUACAGCAGAACAAUAUCUUAUCCAUAGUCUUGCGCGAUAGUCUUCAUCAACCACAGUAUGUAGAAAAGCUAGAGAAAAUUCUUCGUUUUGUCAUCAAAGAAAAAGCUCUGACCUUACAGGAUCUUGAUAAUAUCUGGGCGGCACAGGCGGGGAAACAUGAAGCCAUUGUGAAGAAUGUACAUGAUUUACUGGCAAAAUUGGCAUGGGAUUUUUCUCCUGAACAACUUGAUCAUCUUUUUGAUUGCUUUAAGGCCAGUUGGACAAAUGCAAGUAAAAAGCAGCGUGAAAAGCUACUUGAGCUGAUACGUCGUCUUGCAGAAGAUGACAAGGAUGGCGUGAUGGCACAUAAAGUGUUGAACCUGUUGUGGAAUCUGGCCCACAGUGAUGAUGUGCCUGUAGAUAUCAUGGACCUGGCUCUCAGUGCCCACAUAAAAAUACUAGAUUACAGUUGCUCCCAGGACCGUGACACACAAAAGAUCCAGUGGAUAGAUCGCUUUAUAGAAGAACUUCGCACAAAUGAGAAAUGGGUUAUUCCCGCACUGAAACAAAUUAGAGAAAUUUGUAGUUUAUUUGGUGAAGCACCUCAAAAUUUGAGUCAAACUCAGCGAAGUCCCCAUGUAUUUUAUCGCCAUGACUUAAUCAAUCAACUUCAGCACAAUCAUGCCCUAGUUACUUUGGUAGCAGAAAACCUUGCAACUUACAUGGAAAGCAUGAGACUAUAUGCUAGAGACCAUGAAGACUAUGAUCCACAAACUGUGAGGCUGGGAAGUAGAUAUAGUCACGUUCAAGAAGUCCAAGAACGGCUUAACUUCCUCAGGUUUUUAUUGAAGGAUGGUCAACUGUGGCUAUGUGCUCCUCAGGCAAAACAAAUAUGGAAAUGCUUAGCUGAGAAUGCAGUUUACCUUUGUGAUCGUGAGGCCUGUUUUAAGUGGUAUUCCAAAUUGAUGGGGGAUGAACCAGACUUAGAUCCUGAUAUUAAUAAGGACUUCUUUGAAAGUAAUGUGCUUCAGCUUGAUCCUUCACUAUUAACUGAAAAUGGAAUGAAAUGUUUUGAGCGAUUCUUCAAAGCUGUGAAUUGUCGAGAAGGAAAACUAGUAGCAAAAAGGAGAGCCUAUAUGAUGGAUGACUUGGAGUUAAUAGGAUUAGACUACCUUUGGAGGGUUGUGAUUCAGAGCAACGAUGAUAUUGCCAGCAGAGCUAUAGAUCUCCUUAAAGAGAUAUACACAAACCUUGGUCCAAGGUUACAGGUCAAUCAGGUGGUCAUUCAUGAAGACUUCAUUCAAUCUUGCUUUGAUCGUUUGAAAGCCUCCUAUGACACAUUGUGUGUUUUGGAUGGUGACAAAGACAGUAUUAAUUGUGCAAGACAGGAAGCUGUUCGAAUGGUUCGAGUAUUAACUGUUUUAAGGGAAUAUAUAAAUGAAUGUGACAGUGAUUAUCAUGAGGAAAGAACAAUUCUACCUAUGUCAAGAGCUUUCCGUGGCAAACACCUCUCUUUUAUAGUUCGAUUUCCAAACCAGGGCAGGCAGGUUGAUGACUUGGAGGUAUGGUCUCAUACAAAUGAUACAAUUGGUUCAGUACGACGAUGUAUUCUCAAUCGUAUUAAAGCCAACGUAGCCCAUACAAAAAUUGAGCUCUUUGUGGGUGGUGAGCUGAUAGAUCCUGCCGAUGAUAGAAAGUUGAUUGGACAAUUAAACUUAAAAGAUAAAUCGCUAAUUACAGCCAAACUUACGCAAAUAAGUUCCAAUAUGCCUUCAAGCCCUGAUAGCUCUUCUGAUUCCUCAACUGGAUCUCCUGGAAACCAUGGUAAUCAUUACAGUGAUGGUCCCAAUCCAGAAGUGGAAAGCUGUUUGCCUGGAGUGAUAAUGUCACUGCAUCCCAGAUACAUCUCUUUCCUUUGGCAAGUUGCAGACUUAGGUAGUAGCCUAAAUAUGCCACCUCUUCGAGAUGGAGCAAGAGUACUUAUGAAACUUAUGCCACCAGAUAGCACAACAAUAGAAAAAUUAAGAGCUAUUUGUUUAGACCACGCCAAACUUGGAGAAAGCAGCCUUAGUCCGUCUCUUGAUUCACUUUUCUUUGGUCCUUCAGCCUCACAAGUGCUAUACCUAACAGAGGUAGUCUAUGCCUUGUUAAUGCCUGCUGGUGCGCCUCUGGCUGAUGAUUCCUCUGAUUUUCAAUUUCACUUCUUGAAAAGUGGUGGCCUACCCCUUGUCCUGAGUAUGCUAACCAGAAAUAACUUCCUACCAAAUGCAGAUAUGGAAACUCGAAGGGGUGCCUACCUCAAUGCUCUUAAAAUAGCCAAACUGUUGCUAACUGCCAUUGGUUAUGGCCACGUUCGAGCGGUGGCAGAAGCUUGUCAGCCAGGUGUAGAAGGCGUGAAUCCCAUGACAUCGGUCAACCAAGUUACUCAUGAUCAAGCAGUGGUGCUACAAAGUGCCCUUCAGAGCAUUCCUAAUCCGUCGUCUGAGUGUAUGCUUAGAAAUGUGUCAGUUCGCCUUGCUCAGCAGAUAUCUGAUGAGGCUUCAAGAUAUAUGCCUGAUAUUUGUGUAAUUAGAGCUAUACAAAAAAUUAUCUGGGCAUCAGGAUCUGGGUCAUUACAGCUAGUAUUUAGCCCAAAUGAAGAUAUCACUAAAAUUUAUGAGAAGACCAAUGCGGGCAAUGAGCCGGACUUGGAAGAUGAACAGGUUUGCUGUGAAGCAUUGGAAGUGAUGACAUUAUGUUUUGCCUUGAUUCCAACAGCCUUAGAUGCUCUUAGUAAAGAAAAGGCUUGGCAGACAUUCAUUAUUGAUUUACUGUUGCACUGUCACAGCAAAACUGUUCGUCAGGUGGCCCAGGAGCAGUUCUUUUUGAUGUGUACCAGAUGUUGCAUGGGACACAGGCCUCUACUUUUCUUCAUUACUCUACUCUUUACUGUUUUGGGGAGCACAGCCAGAGAGAGAGCUAAACAUUCAGGCGACUACUUCACUCUUUUAAGGCACCUUCUUAAUUAUGCUUACAAUAGUAAUAUUAAUGUACCCAAUGCUGAAGUUCUUCUCAAUAAUGAAAUCGAUUGGCUCAAAAGAAUCAGGGAUGAUGUUAAAAGAACAGGUGAUACAGGUGUUGAAGAGACGAUCUUGGAAGGCCACCUUGGGGUAACAAAAGAGUUGCUGUCCUUUCAAACUCCUGAGAAAAAGUUUCAUAUUGGCUGUGAAAAGGGAGGUGCUAAUCUCAUUAAAGAAUUAAUCGAUGACUUCAUCUUUCCUGCAUCCAAUGUUUACCUGCAGUAUAUGAGAAAUGGGGAGCUCCCAGCUGAACAGGCUAUUCCAGUCUGUAGUUCACCAGCUACAAUUAAUGCCGGUUUUGAGUUACUUGUAGCAUUAGCUGUUGGCUGUGUGAGGAAUCUCAAACAGAUAGUAGAUUCCUUGACUGAAAUGUAUUACAUUGGCACAGCAAUAACUACUUGUGAAGCACUUACUGAGUGGGAAUAUCUGCCACCUGUUGGACCCCGCCCACCAAAAGGAUUUGUGGGGCUGAAAAAUGCCGGUGCUACUUGUUACAUGAAUUCUGUGAUUCAGCAACUCUAUAUGAUUCCGUCCAUUAGGAAUGGUAUUCUUGCAAUUGAAGGCACAGGUAGUGAUGUAGAUGAUGAUAUGUCUGGGGAUGAGAAGCAGGACAAUGAGAGCAAUGUUGAUCCCAGGGAUGAUGUAUUUGGAUAUCCUCAACAAUUUGAAGACAAACCAGCAUUAAGUAAAACAGAAGAUAGGAAAGAGUACAAUAUUGGUGUCCUAAGACACCUUCAGGUUAUCUUUGGUCAUUUAGCUGCUUCUCGAUUACAAUACUACGUGCCCAGAGGAUUUUGGAAACAGUUCAGGCUUUGGGGUGAGCCUGUUAAUCUACGUGAACAACAUGAUGCUUUAGAAUUUUUUAAUUCAUUGGUGGAUAGUUUAGAUGAAGCUUUAAAAGCCUUAGGACAUCCAGCUAUGCUAAGUAAAGUCUUGGGAGGUUCCUUUGCUGAUCAGAAGAUUUGCCAAGGGUGCCCACAUAGGUACGAAUGUGAGGAAUCUUUUACGACUCUGAAUGUAGACAUUAGAAAUCACCAAAAUCUUCUUGAUUCUUUGGAACAGUAUGUCAAAGGAGAUUUAUUAGAAGGUGCAAAUGCAUAUCAUUGUGAAAAAUGCAAUAAAAAGGUUGAUACCGUAAAGCGCUUGCUGAUUAAAAAAUUACCUCCUGUUCUUGCUAUCCAACUAAAACGAUUUGACUAUGACUGGGAAAGAGAAUGUGCAAUCAAGUUCAAUGAUUAUUUUGAAUUUCCUCGUGAGCUGGACAUGGAACCUUAUACAGUUGCAGGUGUUGCAAAGCUGGAAGGAGAUAAUGUAAACCCAGAGAGUCAGUUGAUACAACAGAAUGAGCAGUCUGAAAGUGAGACAGCAGGAAGCACGAAGUACAGACUUGUGGGUGUGCUUGUACAUAGCGGUCAAGCAAGUGGUGGACAUUAUUAUUCUUAUAUCAUUCAAAGGAAUGGUGGAGAUGGUGAGAGAAAUCGCUGGUAUAAGUUUGAUGAUGGAGAUGUAACAGAGUGUAAAAUGGAUGAUGAUGAAGAAAUGAAAAACCAGUGUUUUGGUGGAGAGUACAUGGGAGAAGUGUUUGAUCACAUGAUGAAGCGCAUGUCAUACAGGCGCCAGAAGAGGUGGUGGAAUGCUUAUAUACUUUUUUAUGAACGAAUGGACACAGUAGACCAAGGUGAUGAGUUGAUAAGAUACAUAUCAGAGCUUGCUGUCACCACAAGACCCCAUCAGAUUAUUAUGCCAUCAGCUAUUGAGAGAAGCGUACGGAAACAGAAUGUACAAUUCAUGCAUAAUCGAAUGCAGUACAGUUUGGAGUAUUUUCAAUUUAUGAAAAAACUGCUUACAUGUAAUGGUGUUUACUUAAACCCUCCUCCUGGGCAAGAUCACCUAUUGCCUGAAGCAGAAGAAAUCACUAUGAUUAGUAUUCAACUUGCUGCUAGAUUUCUCUUUACUACAGGAUUUCACACAAAGAAAAUAGUCCGUGGCUCUGCCAGUGAUUGGUAUGAUGCAUUGUGUAUUCUCCUUCGUCACAGCAAGAACGUACGGUUUUGGUUUGCUCAUAAUGUCCUUUUUAAUGUUUCGAAUCGCUUCUCUGAAUACCUUUUGGAGUGCCCUAGUGCAGAAGUGAGGGGUGCAUUCGCAAAACUUAUAGUUUUUAUUGCACAUUUUUCCUUGCAAGAUGGGCCAUGUCCUUCACCUUUUGCAUCUCCUGGACCUUCUAGUCAGGCUUAUGACAACUUAAGCUUGAGCGAUCACUUACUAAGAGCAGUACUGAAUCUCUUGAGAAGGGAAGUUUCAGAGCAUGGGCGUCAUUUACAGCAAUAUUUCAACCUGUUUGUAAUGUAUGCCAAUUUAGGUGUGGCAGAGAAGACACAGCUUCUGAAAUUGAGUGUGCCUGCUACCUUUAUGCUUGUUUCUUUAGAUGAAGGUCCAGGUCCUCCAAUCAAAUAUCAGUAUGCUGAAUUAGGCAAAUUAUACUCAGUAGUGUCACAGCUGAUUCGCUGUUGCAAUGUCUCAUCAAGAAUGCAGUCUUCAAUCAAUGGUAAUCCUCCUCUUCCCAAUCCUUUUGGUGACCCUAAUUUAUCACAGCCUAUAAUGCCAAUUCAGCAGAAUGUGGCAGACAUUUUAUUUGUGAGAACAAGUUAUGUGAAGAAAAUCAUUGAAGACUGUAGUAACUCAGAGGAAACUGUCAAAUUGCUUCGUUUUUGCUGCUGGGAGAAUCCUCAGUUCUCAUCUACUGUCCUCAGUGAACUUCUCUGGCAGGUUGCCUAUUCCUAUACCUAUGAACUCCGGCCCUAUUUGGAUCUGCUUUUGCAAAUCUUACUGAUUGAGGACUCCUGGCAGACUCACAGAAUUCAUAAUGCACUUAAAGGAAUUCCAGAUGACCGAGAUGGGCUGUUUGACACAAUCCAGCGCUCUAAGAAUCACUAUCAAAAAAGAGCAUACCAGUGUAUAAAAUGUAUGGUAGCUCUCUUUAGCAAUUGUCCUGUUGCUUACCAAAUCCUUCAGGGCAAUGGAGAUCUUAAAAGAAAGUGGACCUGGGCAGUGGAAUGGCUUGGAGAUGAACUUGAAAGAAGACCAUACACUGGCAAUCCUCAAUACACUUACAACAAUUGGUCUCCCCCAGUGCAAAGCAAUGAAACAUCAAAUGGUUAUUUCUUGGAGAGAUCACAUAGUGCAAGGAUGACACUUGCAAAAGCUUGUGAACUCUGUCCAGAGGAGGAGCCAGAUGACCAGGAUGCCCCAGAUGAGCAUGAGUCGCCUCCGCCUGAAGAUGCUCCAUUAUACCCCCAUUCACCUGGAUCUCAAUAUCAACAGAAUAAUCAUGUGCAUGGACAGCCAUAUACGGGCCCAGCAGCACAUCACAUGAACAACCCUCAGAGAGCUGGCCAACGAGCACAAGAAAAUUAUGAAGGCAGUGAAGAAGUAGCCCCACCUCAGAAAGGAUCAGUGAAAUGCACAUUAACUGGCUCCAUCAAGACUGUGCACCCAGGCCUUACAGUCCAACCUUUUUCUGUGUCUGGCUAAUAUUUAAAACUAGAAAAACUAUUCCUAAUCAACAUGGAGUGGAAAGUUUAUUCACUGUCUUAUCUGCAGAAAUUUGCUGUCCAUAUAUAACUUGCCUGCAGUGAAAAGUGUAUAGUGUUUUGUAAUAAAUGGCCUGAUGCUAAUGUGUAAAUGGCAAAGGUGUAUAUAGUAUAUUAAUGUUUGACUGUUAAUUCUUAAGCAAGAAACUUUUUUCUUGAUGAGACUCACAGAUCUACAAAAACUACAAAAGUUAAUUUUCUUGUUAUACCCACUGCUCUCUGCAACCAGUGUUGCCUGCCUCAUGGGCAGUUGGAUCUACUCAUUUACAAAAACAAAAAAGAAACCAACAGCAACAAAACAGAGCCCAUUCAUGUCAGCCACACCAAUAGUUUCAUGUUAAUUCUUUGCCACUGGAAUCAGUUUUACUAUGAGCAAUGUAAGGCUGGUAACCUUUAAAUUAUUUGGUUGAUGUGGAAAAUUGGUGAUGUAACAUUGUUUCUAGUUCUUUUUCAUUGCCUUUUUAUUCUGAUAUUAGGUUAAUCACUUUGAAGCUAUAGUUAUGCUGUAACAUUUAGCAUGGCUUCACACCAAGUUAGUGUAGCCAGUGAGGAAAAAAUUAUUGUAAUGACAGCAGUUGUCCCAGAGUGACAGCUGUAUUGCUCAGAGCUUUUCCUUCUUACACCUAGAAUAUAAAAUAGAAAACAAGGGGAGAGAUGUGACGAACAGGUGGUUUUCAGUUGCACAUAUGUUUUUUCCAUCUAAUGUUUAACAGUUCAAUCUCUGGGUGGGAUAAAGAACACUUAAAUAUAAUUAUAUAAUGGGAAUUUUGAAAGAUUUGAAACAAAUAUGCAAGAAUUUGCUAUGCCAGAAUGCUGGAGCAUAAUAGAAGACUGUAUUUGGUGUGCUUGUUUUGUUUGUUUGGUAGAGCUUAUUAGGUGAAUCUUCUAAAAAAAAAAAAAAAAAAACUUUCUUCGGCUGGAUCCCAGUGAUGUGGAAGUCAUCAGAAUUCCCACAGUACUUGGAGUACCUCUACACCAAGAUGUCUGGCUGAUUUCCUGCUCAGUCACAAUUUUACUUGAAAGCAAGAAUUGUCCUAGCUCCUUUUCCAUUAUUCCAAAAAUUUUAACGUUCAAAGCAGGGUCUAAUUAAAAAAGAAACUACUGGUUAGUUAAUAUAAUUGAGGUGUCACAAUUUCAGAAAUAAACAUUUGAUUAAAGAUAAGGAACUCAUCAGUUAAUACUGUAUUUAAAAGAGAAUUGGUAACUUGAAUGUGUGUAAUUUUUUGGAACCUGUCAAAAAACCAAAUACCCCUGCAAACAGAUACAGCCCACCCUAUUUAAAUAUUUUGCUGUUUUAUUUUAUAGAAAUUAUUUUGCUGAAUUCACAAAUAGAAUUUGAUUUAAGAAGAAA